AUGAGUACGUUAUUCGCGAUCGCUUUGGUGUUUGUUGGUUGCUGCAGUAAUGUUGUGUUUUUGGAACUUUUGGUUAGGGAUUUCCCAGGAUGUGGGAAUAUUGUCACAUUUGCCCAGUUUGCCUUUAUUGCACUGGAAGGGUUCAUCUUUGAGACAAACUUUGGACGCAAAAAGCCACACAUACCCCUCAGGAUUCCCAUCAUGUCAUCUCCAGUGGAAGUGCCUGUGAUUGGUCUGUCUGUGCCUGUCAUGUGGUUAUACCUUCUGAUGAACGUCAUCACCCAAUAUGUGUGCAUCCGCGGCGUGUUCAUCCUAACCACGGAGUGUGCAUCGCUCACGGUUACAUUAGUGGUGACGCUUCGCAAGUUUCUGAGUCUCAUUAUUUCCAUCCUGUACUUCCAUAAUCCCUUCACAGCCUGGCACUGGGUCGGCACGGCCGUGGUGUUCCUGGGAACGCUGCUCUACACGGAAGUGUGGUCCAGCGUUCGUGCGGCAGUGAAAGGAGAGAAAGCUGACAAGAAGGCAGAGUAAAUUAUGGAAGCCCGUUUCCAUAUUACACCACGGAAU